UAUCUCGGGGCAGUAUAAUAUUUAUCAUUCCCAUGACUGCAGAGCGAAAUCGUGGGCAGCGAUGCAAAAUAGCAGUGGUCCACUACAGGUAUACGUUUGAAAAUAUCCUUCAGUGCAGCGAAACGAUGGGGCGAUGUUGGUAACGGCAACCCCGCGCUGCUGCUCGUGCGAAGGUUGCUGCUGCGUGGACUCGGAGGGAUGGUAGAGAGGCAUACACAGAAGAGGAAGAGGUCGUGGAACGAGUAGAGCGGUAGUGGCUCUGGCAGCAGCAACACGUAGUACACGGUAGCACCGCGACGAGGACGGACACGGUUCGUAUCACCUCGCUUUGGUAGUCGGUAGACUCGCUUCGAGCCAGUCUCACUUGGUCCAGUGGCGCAGUCGCGUUACGCGUAUACAUUUUUUCGUACUUCCAACUACUACUACACCACCACUACUACUACCAGCAUCGCUGCUACCACCACCUGCACCGUCGAGCGUGUCAACAUACACGUAAACGUCAGCAGGACCACUGAGCCUAUCGGGUUGUUCCUGAAAAAUAAGUCACGAAAGAAAACGCUUACAUCCUCGAGACGGCGCGAGAAUGAAGCUGUGGUGGAGUUUGGCGCUGGUCGGUGUCGCCCUGUUGAUGAUCAUCGUCACCGCCAAGGCAGAAUCUGAUCUGUGGGAGGAGGACGACAAGGAGGUUCUUGUGCGAACCGUUCGUGGCACCAAAGAACGAGCAUCCGGCAGCACUUCGUGCAGAUACGUGAAGGGUCAAUGGUCGGAAUGCGACUUGAAAACCAACACACGGUCCCGCACUCUGAACCUUAAGAAGGGCGACAAGUCCUGCGAACAGACCAAGACUAUUGAAAAGAAAUGCAAAAAAGCUUGCCGGUACGAAAAGGGCACGUGGAGCGGAUGUGUGAAUCAGCAGAUGGCGAGAGUGGACAAUUUGAAAGCAAACAGUGAUGCCUCCUGCGACAAAACGCGCCGACUGACAAAAAGGUGUAAACCGGAGACCAACACCAAGAAAUCUCCCAAAGGAGAACGAGCGAAUAAGAAGUCGGGUAAACAGUAAACAGGAAAAUCGUCAGUCGAUCACUCAAGAUGGUGCGCAGCGAUCUGUUUCGACAACAGGCAACGAAAACACAAUCUUGUCUUUUCCACGUGAAAUUCUAAUUUUCAAACAAAUAUUAUCUAGUGUGAGCUUGUAACAUUAAAUGGACGGAGAAGAAAAGUUCUGUAUUUUAAAGUACUGACAGUGAUUGUAAUUUAAAUACGAUCGUAAAUCUAAUUUUCAAACGUUUUCGAACGUUGCUGUCGGUAUAUGCUCGAUCGUCGGUAAUAAUUAUCGAUCGUAUAUGUCGGCUGUUUUCAGAAUUACUUCCAUUAUAUGUGGCCAAAUGGUAUUAAUAAUUGCUAUGCAAACGCAGUAACAUGCAUAGUUGGACCCAAUAAUGUUCUUUUUAGCAGUUUCGCCGACUCUGUAAUUGCUACAUGUGAAUAUUACAAACUUUGUCCUCGAUACAGUAGUGUAAUGAAGUCAUUAAAGAUCUAUUAUUCCUUAUUAUUAUUUUUAUACUUUUUCUGCUUUCAUUUAUCAAGUCAUUAAAUAAUUAGUUUUAUAAGUAUUAUGUCCACUAGGUUGUAAAUAUAAUUGGCAAAAUAUGCAACUGACAUGGCAUAUAUAGACUGUUACUUUUAAUAAAAUGAUUUUUUUUAUAUCUUUUAUAAGAUUACAAUCUAUUAUUACAUUAUGCUACUGUGUCGAUGACAAAAUGUUCCAAGCUAUAAUAAUUGUAUAGCAAUACGCUGUGGUGAAUCUCUAGUUUCAAGAAUCGACAUGAAAUGACUGCCGUUGUGAUUCUUUACGAAAUAUAUUCAUGCUAGAACAUACAUCGUUACUGACCCAUUUGAAUUUUCAACGUUAUAUUGUGUAUUCAACGAUCAUAACGUACAUAGAAAUCCCCAAUUAGAGGUAGAUUAUCUUUAUUUUUUUGAUAUGCGUCGAAAGAUUAAAGGAAGAAAAAAGUACGAUCAUAUAUGGUAUCUAUGUUUUUAAGAUGCCUAUUAACUUCGUCUUCCUCUAACUAAAAGAAUAAACAAAUUUACGCAAGCAUUUA